AUGACCAUUUCAUACACGUUGAAAGUGGCCAAUGCUCGAUUUGGGGGGUUCUCCAAACUCCUGUUCCGAUGGAAAGGAAGCAUUUAUAAAUUACUGUACAAGGAAUUCCUCGUCUUUGUCGCCCUCUAUUCCCUGCUCAGUGUGACAUACAGGUUAAUGCUUUCGGAAGACCAAAAGCGUCAUUUCGAGGAGGUUGCGCUGUACUGUAACAAGUAUACGGAUCUCAUCCCAAUAUCCUUCCUGUUGGGUUUCUAUGUCAAUCUCAUCAUCAGCCGUUGGUGGGGUCAGUACACCAACAUCCCUCUCCCAGACCAGCUGAUGUGCGUGGUGUCCAGUAACGUGCAUGGAGCCGAUGAGAAGGGCCGCCUGCUCAGACGUACCCUGAUCCGCUUCGCCAAUCUGUCAUCGGUGCUCAUCUUGAGGUCCGUCAGCACCCGCGUUCUAAAGCGGUUCCCAACUAUGGAGCAUAUUGUGGAAGCAGGAUUUAUGACCCAUGAGGAGCUGAAGAAGUUCGAGAGCCUCUCGUCAGACUAUAAUAAAUACUGGAUCCCCUGUGUCUGGUUCACCAACAUGAUCGCGCAAGCACGCAGAGACGGGAGAGUACGAGACGAUGUGGCACUUAAACUUCUAAUGGACGAGCUGAAUAAAUACCGUGCAAAGUGCAGCAUGCUAUUUCACUAUGACUGGAUCAGUGUGCCGCUCGUGUAUACACAGGUGGUCACGAUUGCAGUAUAUUCGUUCUUUGCAUUUUGCUUGAUUGGAAGACAGUUUCUAGACCCGAGUCGGAAGCACGCUGGGCACAGUUUAGAUAUGUACGUUCCCCUCUUCACCCUGCUCCAGUUCUUCUCCUACUUUGGGUGGCUGAAGGUUGCAGAGCAGAUAAUUAAUCCGUUUGGUGAGGACGAUGAUGAUUUUGAAACCAAUCGCCUGAUUGACAGGAAUCUGCAGGUUUCCUUAUUGUCUGUGGAUGAUAUGUAUCAAAAUCUGCCUCCGAUGGAGAAGGACAAGUAUUGGGAUGACCAAAAUGCUGCUCCACCUUAUACUAUCGCUACAGCUGCCGAGACCCUCAAACCAUCAUUUAUGGGUUCUGCUUUCGAUAUGCGCUAUGUAGGAGACUCAGAACAGGUACCCUACACCCCAAGCAUGCCCCGUGCUCGUACUCCGAUGCUCAGUCGUUUCCUCUCCUCUGCACCAUCACCUGCUGUUAGCAUGAAAAACUUCAUGGGUCGUGGGGCGCGGGCUCACCCCGUCGUCCGAUUUAAAGGAGAAGGUUAUGCAUCUCCCAACCCUAACUCCCGCUACGUUGAUCAAGAUACAGACUUUGUAAGACGCAUCGACGAGGAGGAGACAACAGAAGAUGAGAAGGAAAGUAGAGGCAGCGAGCCACCUACUCCUAGGCUUCUCCUAAAGGUGCCUCGCCGACUGCAAGCCUCGGAGAAACAGAAGAAGAUGGAGCAGCCCAAGUCAUCCCCUUUGCUAAUCACUGUUAGCGAGCCAUCUGAUGAAAACAUGGAUUCAGACCAGGCUGAGUGCUAAAGACUAGCCUUUUUCCACCAGAAAUCAUAAUUUCCCACAUGGGAAAUGGGGCAAAGAGUUACAGUGCCUCUUCUUAGUGUUAUUGUGGGAUAUUAAGGGUCUGGCUACAUACUGGCACAGUCCCAUUCCAUCCAGGCUCCAUCCUGCUUUGAUAGUGCCUGGGAUCUAUAUCUUCAAUGAAUAAAAGGCCAACAAUA